AUGAAAAUAAAAUGGCAUGUUUUCGCAUUUUCGAGUAUAUUAUUCUCAUUUAUAUUAAAUGUUAUAGCAAAUAGAGUUGGUAUGGUUUACCACAUUUUACCAUAUAACCACUUAGAAAAAUAUUAUCUACAAUAUUCAUACUCUUUAAAGCCAGAGGAGGCACGGCAAGUAUUAGCACAUAUGAUGGGAGUUUCAAAAUUUCAUAAACUUGGAUUUCAAGGACAGGCAACAAAAGUUAUAGAUAGUAUUGAAAUGAGAAGUUUAUGGGGAUUAUGGGAAGAAAAAAAAAACCAUAUGUUAAUUACAUUAGCAGGAGUUAUAGAUAUUAAAGCAUUUUUUACAGAACAACCACUUUUUAUUAUUAAAAAUUCACCUUCUUCUGAAGCGUAUAAUCAUUUAAUGAAGCGUAUUUUGAAUCAGUUUCAUGAAUUAACAGGUUCACCUAUUGAGCGUUUAUAUGCAAAUAUAUAUGGUGGAGGUUUAUUUUUAGUACCUCCUAUAAUGGAAAUACAUGAUCAUAUCCAGCAUGCUCCAUCAUUAAAGUUGUUUGAAGAUAAAUUUGGAAAAGAAUUUACUGGUAUUUUUGAUUUUCAGGAUAAAGAAAAUCGUUGUUUUUUAUCCGAAAUUCUUUCUCUAAGUAGCUUUAUCAAUGCAUUAUCAGAAAAUUUUCAAGCAUCUUCAGUCAAAUUAAUGGCUGCACAUCUAACUAGUUUAGAAAUUUUAUACCAUCAUUAUGGCGCUGAUUCACAACAAUACAUCUAUGCUGUAAAAGCAUUUAGCUUAGUUCUUAACCAAAUUUCCAAAGAAUUGCCGAAUACUACAUUUACUAUUAUAUUACUAUCGCCUACAAUGAUUCUUAAAGAUCCAUUAUUGCGUCGUGCCGAAAUCGAAGAUACAUUUGGGAAUGAUAGUUCUGCACCUGCUUUGAAAGAACUUAGAUCUGUACUUCCACACUGUUAUGAUACCAAAGCAAGUUGCGAAAAUGCAACAAACUAUUGUUCAAAUCAUGGAUCAUGUGAAAAAUAUUUAGGACAAGAAAAGUGUUAUGCUUGCCGAUGUUUUGCUACAGUUACAAAUGUUGCAGAAAAUGGAAAAAAAGUUUCUUACUGGUCUGGAGACUCAUGCCAAAAAAAAGAUAUUAGUUCUGAAUUCCAAAUGUUUUUUUGGGUAAUUUUUUUCUUUUUAAUUACAGUUAUAUGGGCAAUUAAACUUUUAUAUAAUGUUGGUAACGAAAAACUUAGUGCUGUAUUAAUGAAUAUGGAUGUUAUUAAAAAAACCUAA